UUCCUACAAGCUGGUAAAGCCUAUCCAUCCAUCCAAAUCAUUCUCAACUGUUCCAAUACCCCUCAUAAAAUCCCAGAAACCAAUUAAAAUAUAUAAGCAAUCAGGCAAAAACCCAGAAAUUUUUGUGUGUUUUUAGCCUAAACCCUCGAAAUAAACAAGCUUCAAACACAAGGCAAAAAGGGUUGUUGUAUAUCGUUGUUGUUUCCUUUAACAUUCUUUUUUCUUUUUAAAAGAAAUCUUGUAACGAAGGUGUGUCGGCCUUGACGCCGUAGAUUGUCAAUGGCUUUCACAUGGGGUUCUGCUCUCAGGAUCUUCCUUCUUGUCCUUCUUCUUGCUGCUCUUGUUUAUGCUUGUUUCACCCUCCCCAUGGAAGCGAUUCUGCAGGAUUUUUUUCUAUGGGUUGAUAAUGAUCUUGGAACUUGGGGUCCACUUGCGCUGGCUAUUGCUUAUAUUCCUCUGACAAUCUUGGCUGUUCCAGCUUCAGUACUGAGUCUCGGUGGUGGUUAUCUUUUUGGAUUGCCUGUGGGCUUCAUUGCAGAUUCUAUUGGUUCAACUCUUGGUGCAGGAGCAGCAUUCCUUCUAGGCAAAACAAUUGGGAAAUCUUUGGUUCUUUCAAAGCUGAGAGAUUAUCCUCAGUUCAGGUUAGCAGCAAUUGCAAUACAAAGAUCUGGCUUCAAGAUUGUUUUGCUGCUUCGACUUGCGCCUUUAGUGCCUUUCAGUGUGUUGAAUUAUCUGUUGUCUGUGACCCCCAUCUCAUUUGGAGAAUACAUGCUGGCCUCUUGGUUAGGGAUGGUGCCAAUAACUCUUGCUUUAGUUUACGUCGGAACAACAGUUAAGGAUCUUUCUGAUGUGACACAUGGAUGGAAUGAGUUUUCAACCUCUCAUUGGGCAUUUCUCAUGUUGAGCCUUGUUGCAUCCGUGGUUUUAAUGGUUUGUGUGACUAAAGUCGCGAAAACGGCUCUGGACAAAGCAUUGGCUGAAGGUGAGGAUGUAGAUGGCAUUGUAGGCUCAACGCCGGAAUUGCCGGUUUCUGCCGAAGAACCUCUGGAUCUUCACCGGCCUUUUAUAUUAAAGAUAGGCCCCAGCGACAGCAGCACUCGUGAAAAGUAAAACCCGGUAUAUCAGCUGUAAAUUAUUCUCCCUACCUCAUUACCAUUGCUUUACCAUGCCAUUUGGUGCUUUGUACAUAUAGUCAUAGUGACAAAACUUUAGCUCUCCACAGAAAUAGAUGAUCACUGAUUAUUUGUUUGGUGAUUGAAAAUCAAUGGAAACAACUGUUUUUCUUUU